CGAAGGUCAGCUUGGUCGGGAGUAUAAAAGUCGGCGCCAUCCAGAGUCAGGCACCAUUGCUCGACCAGCGCCACAAGAAGCAACAUGUCAGCUAAGAUCUUCGUAGCGGCAGCCAUAGUGGCUGUGGUUUGUGCUGAGCCCCCACCACCAUACGGGCUCCCGACACCACCACCCUACGGGCCUCCUACACCACCACCCUACAGGCCCCCUACACCCCCAACAUACGGGCCCCCAGCUCCACCACGCUACGGGCCAACCCCAUCCUACAACGAGCCCGGCAUGCCCUUCGACUUCGCCUACGCCGUUAGGGAUGACUACUCCGGUAACGACUUCGCGCACGACGAGAAGAGCGACGGUAAACUCACAUCCGGCUCCUACAGGGUGCUUCUCCCCGACGGACGCACUCAGAUCGUCACCUUCCAUGCUGACGACAACGGCUACGUCGCUGACGUCACCUACCAGGGAGAAGCCACCUAUCCAUCUCCAUCCUACGGACCUUCACCCCCAUCCUAUGGACCAUCACCACCUUCGUACGGUCCCCCGCCUCCAACCUAUGGCCCAAAACCAACACCAAGCCCUUACCAGCAUGCACGCCCAAACAUCUACUACAACCCGGCUGAUCCAGCACUUAUGCUUCCUCUGAUACAACGGCCAACAUUGCAGUAUGUGUCCCUGAUAUCAAACAAUUCUACAGGGAGUUCUUUUCAACUCUUCCAAAGCGGAGGAAAUGUUAAUACUGAUGUGUCCAGCACUUUCAUUGUUAAUACUGAUGUCUCCAGCACCUUCAUUGUUAAUACUGAUGUGUCCAGCACUUUCAUUGUUAAUGCUGAGGUGUACAGUGUUAAUACAGAUAUUUAUAUCGUUGCCAGUCUUAAUACUGAGGAAAUAGUUGGUGAAAGUACUAUAGUUUUAGAAGGACAGGCCACCACACGACACAACCAACACCAGCAACACAAACAUUCCCCACCCUAUGGGCCUCCUACACCACCACCCUACGGGCCUCCUACACCACCACAUUACAGGCCCCCUACACCCCCACCAUACGGGCCCCCAGCUCCACCACGCUAUGGGCCAACCCCAUCCUACAACGAGCCCGGCAUGCCCUUCGACUUUGCCUACGCCGUUAGGGAUGACUAUUCCGGUAACGACUUCGCGCACGACGAGAAGAGCGACGGUAAACUCACAUCCGGGUCCUACAGGGUGCUUCUCCCCGACGGACGCACUCAGAUCGUCACCUUCCAUGCUGACGACAACGGCUACGUCGCUGACGUCACCUACCAGGGAGAAGCCAUCUAUCCAUCUCCAUCCUACGGACCUUCACCCCCAUCCUAUGGACCAUCACCACCUUCCUACGGUCCCCCGCCUCCAACCUAUGGCCCAAAACCAACACCAAUAUGUGUCCCUGAUAUCAAACUGUUCUACAGGGAGUUCUUUUCAACUCUUCCAAAGCGGAGGAAAGUCUUCGUAGCGGCAGCCAUAGUGGCUGUGGUUUGUGCUGAGCCCCCACCACCAUACGGGCUUCCUACACCACCACCCUACGGGCCUCCUACACCACGACCCUACAGGCCCCCUACACCCCCACCAUACGGGCCCCCAGCUCCACCACGCUACGGGCCAACCCCAUCCUACAACGAGCCCGGCAUGCCCUUCGACUUCGCCUACGCCGUUAGGGAUGACUACUCCGGUAACGACUUCGCGCACGACGAGAAGAGCGACGGUAAACUCACAUCCGGUUCCUACAGGGUGCUUCUUCCCGACGGACGCACUCAGAUCGUCACCUUCCAUGCUGACGACAACGGCUACGUUGCUGACGUUACUUACCAGGGAGAAGCCACCUAUCCAUCUCCAUCCUACGGACCUUCACCCCCAUCCUAUGGACCAUCACUCCUUUCCUAUGGGGCCCCGCCUCCAACCUAUGGCUCAAAACCAAUACCACGUCCUUAUGCGGCGCCAUCCAGAGUCAGGCACCAUUGCUUGACCAGCGCCACAAGAAGCAACAUGUCAGCUAAGGUCUUCGUAGCGGCAGCCAUAGUGGCUGUGGUUUGUGCUGAGCCCCCACCACCAUACGGGCUCCCUACACCACCACCCUACGGGCCACCUACACCACCACCCUACAGGCUCCCUACACCCCCACCAUACGGGCCCCCAGCUCCACCACGCUAUGGCCCAACCCCAUCCUACAACGAGCCCGGCAUGCCCUUCGACUUCGCCUACGCCGUUAGGGAUGACUACUCCGGUAACGACUUCGCGCACGACGAGAAGAGCGACGGUAAACUCACAUCCGGCUCCUACAGGGUGCUUCUCCCUGACGGACGCACUCAGAUCGUCACCUUCCAUGCUGACGACAACGGCUACGUCGCUGACGUCACCUACCAGGGAGAAGCCACCUAUCCAUCUCCAUCCUACGGACCUUCACCCCCAUCCUAUGGACCAUCACCCCCUUCCUACGGUCCCCCACCUCCAACCUAUGGCCCAAAACCAACACCACGCCAUUACGCCUCUCCACCACGCUAUGGGCCAGCUCCACCACGCUAUGGGCCAACCCCAUCCUACAACGAGCCCGGCAUGCCUUUCGACUUCGCCUACGCCGUUAGGGAUGACUACUCCGGUAACGACUUCGCGCACGACGAGAAGAGCGACGGUAAACUCACAUCCGGCUCCUACAGGGUGCUUCUCCCCGACGGACGCACUCAGAUCGUCACCUUCCAUGCUGACGACAAUGGCUACGUUGCUGACGUCACCUACCAGGGAGAAGCCACCUAUCCAUCUCCAUCCUACGGACCUUCACCCCCAUCCUAUGGACCAUCACCCCCUUCCUACGGUCCCCCGCCUCCAACCUAUGUUCUUGCACUUCCAGAGUCAUUAAGUCUCAAAGAUCAUUACUUUCUGUCUUCAGUUAACAUGUCAAAAGAGAUCUGCAUGGCGGCAGCCAUAGUGGCUGUGGUUUGUGCUGAACCCCCACCACCCUACGGGCCUCCUACACCCCCACCCUACGGGCCCCCGACACCCCCACCCUACAGGCCCAAGACACCACCACCCUACAGGCCCCCUACACCCCCAUCAUACGGGCCCCCAGCUCCAAUACGCUACGGGCCAACCCCAUCCUACAACGAGCCCGGCAUGCCCUUCGACUUCGCCUACGCCGUUAGGGAUGACUACUCCGGUAACGACUUCGCGCACGACGAGAAGAGCGACGGGAAACUCACAUCUGGCUCCUACAGGGUGCUUCUCCCCGACGGACGCACUCAGAUCGUCACCUUCCAUGCUGACGACAACGGCUACGUCGCUGACGUCACUUACCAGGGAGAUGCCACCUAUCCACCCCCAUCCUACGGACCAUCACCCCCAUCCUACGGACCAUCACCCCCAUCCUACGGACCAUCACCCCCAUCCUACAGUCCCCCACCACCAACCUAUCGUCCAAAACCAUCUCCCACCUACGGACCGAAACCACCUCCUACUUAUAGCCCUUAUGUCUAAGCUGGAGGACUAUCACAUAACUUAUUCAAUUACUAUACACAUGAGUAUCCCAAUUAACAUAUGUUUGUACCCAGGCUGGGUAAAUUCUAGCUUACACUUAAUACAUCUUAAAUUGCCCGGUACAUUUACUGUAUUACAUGACAACUAUGUGUGAGGCCGUAGCCAUUAAUAUUUCAAAUUAUAAUAAAUAUUUUGCAAAUAACGAUAAGAAUAUUUUUAAGAUUGUACUUUUGUUAAAAUGUUAGCAGAAGUCUAUAUAUACCCUCUGACGAUCCUAAGUAAUUAUCAAAAGAAGGCACCAAGCCUAGGAGACUAUGUAGCUGCAUCAAAUGUGCGGGAUAUUCAAGAGGCGCUAA